AUGUCGACUGAUGGGAAGCCCGCGGUCCUGAUAAUCGGCGGCCUGGGCUACAUCGGACGGAACCUCGCCAAGUACGUCCACGACAACAGCCUCGCCUCGGAAAUCCGCCUCGUCGAUAAGCACCUGCCGGAGCUGGCAUGGCUUGCGCCCGAGUUCAAGGAAGCGUGUUCACGAGAGCACUUCAUGCAGGCCGAUGCCUCGCAAGAACGCUCCCUCCAGCGCAUCUUUGACCGCCAAGGCGGCAAGGAAUUCGAUUUCGUGUUCAACUGCGGCGGCGAGACGCGUUUCUCACAAGACGACAAGGUCUACGAACUCCGCUCCCACGCCCUCUCCAUAGCCGUCGGCCGCGAAGCCGCAAAGCGCAAGGUGCAGUGCUUCCAGGAGCUCAGCACAGGCAUGGUCUAUAAGCCUGAGUCGACGCCACGCAAAGAGACGGACAAGCUGAAGCCGUGGAAUAACCAGGCGAAGUGGAAGCUCAAGGCUGAGGAGGACCUGGCCAAGGUCGAUGGGCUGAACCUUAUGAUAAUGAGAAUUGCGCACGUAUACGGUCCCUACACAGGCAAGUUCCUCAGCACCGCGCUGUGUAUGGCGAGGGUGUACCAGAGCAAGGGCAAGGAGAUGCGGUGGUUGUGGAAAGAUGAUUUGAGGACGAACACAGUGCACAUCGACGACGUGACGCGAGCGCUAUGGACAGGCGCCGAGUGGUAUGUCAAGCAGGGCAAGAAGACACCGCCGCCGAUUUACAACAUUGUGGACCACGGAAACACUUCACAAGGAGCAGUCGCCAAGAUCAUGCACGACGUCUUCAGCAUCGAGACCGGCUUCCACGGCACACUGAUCUCGGCAUUUGCGCGACUUAACAUGGACCAUGUAGUCGACGAAGUCAACGACGAGACGCUGGACCCGUGGGCAGAGUUGCAGAAUACAGCGGGCAUCAGCCAGUCAACGCCUCUUAGCCCGUUUAUGGAGAAGGAGUUGUUGAAGGACACAGACCUCAGCAUGGACGGCAGUGCAUUCGAGAAGGACACAGGAUUCAAGUACACACACGAGAAGCUCACAAAAGAAGGCGUCGAAGAUGUAAUUGAGAGCUACAAGAGACAAGGCUGGUGGCCAUAA